CAAUUCAGCGCAAUUGUACCAUAGCAAGUAACGUUAAUCUGGUUCGAGUAAAAACGGAAAGAAUUAUUAAAACUGCAAUUAAAAUGAAAGGAACCAUUUAAAAACCCACAAAUCUGAAAACAUAGUCUUGGUCGCACCCCUGCUUAAACGAUCGGGCUAUCCACGUACGCAUACGGCCUUUCCGCUUUAACGCAGGAAAAAACACAGCACAGCGACACGAAACUCGAACCCAGCAGCCGUCUCCAUUUUAAUUCCAAGCCCGUUUGUACCUCACGUGUUCUGGACUGUCUUUCUCACAUGACCGGUGUGUUUGUCCCCGUGAUCAACACUUCCAUCUCCAUCUGUCUGUGUCCCUGAAUAUCACGUUUUAAUUUUUAACCCCCAUGGAUAUGCUAGAACAGGGUUUGGACACCACUACGAGUCACGAGAAACAGGAAACGGGGGAAGCUCUGCAGGAAGAGGACGUUCACGGCAGGGAGAAGCACUCCACGAUCGCCAUAGCGAACAUUCAGGAGACGGGCACCUUCACCGAUCACAAUGUCCAGUACCAGUUCCGCACAGAGAACAGUGGUGGACAGGUGACGUACCGCGUGGUCCAGCUGACGGACGACCAGAUAGAGGCGGGAGGCGAUGGGGGCGGGGCCGUCAGCGUGGUCUCUGCUGCCGCCUUCUCAGGGGCGCAAGCGGUCGCACAGGCCGUGAUCCAGAACCCCUUCAGUAACGGCGGGAGCCCCGCCGGGGACUCUGUGUCGGGGGAGACGCGGUUCUACUUCCCCGCUACCGCCGUUAGCGAUGGGACUGGCGCUGUGUCCGUACAGGCGACCGCUGAUCCCAGCCUGACUCAGGCCGGAGGCCAGCUGUACGUGAUGAUGAACACCCCUGACGUGCUGCAGACCGUAGCGCCUCGGACCAUCGCCCCCCGCACGCACCCGUACACCACGAAGCUGGAUGGGCCUCGGGUGCCAAGAGAUGAUAGGAGGAGGGCACAGCACAAUGAAGUGGAGAGACGGAGGAGAGACAAGAUCAACAACUGGAUCGUCACCCUGUCCAAGAUGAUCCCCGACUGCACCAUUGACAGCACCAAGACUGGCGCAAGCAAAGGCGGGAUUCUGUCCAAGGCCUGCGACUACAUCCAGGAGCUCCGGCAGAACAACCAGCGGCUGCAGGACAGCUUCAAGGAUGUGGAGAGAGUGCAGGUGGACAACGAGCUGCUUCGACAGCAGAUCGAGGAGCUGAAGGGUGAAAACGCCCUCCUGCGGGCUCAGCUGCAGCAGCACGGAAUCGAAGUCGCGGGGGAGACGGUGUCCCAGUGAGACGGGAGGCGUGGUACGACGGGACGGGACAGGGGGAAGAGGAAGAGGACCACACCACCGAAGAAGAGUGGCCCUCUGUGAUUCUUCUUCCCCUGCGCACGCUGGACUCCUGUUGUACCGGCGGACUGCACACUGUACUGCUUUCUCCUCCUUCCACUUCUACACAAACUCUCACAACGUUCUCACAACGUUCCUGCCCACAAGCAGCAGGAUGGCUUCUUCCUCUCUUAUGUGUGCCCAUUAUGAAUCAAGGUCAAUCUUCCAUACGCAUUAUCACCAUUUUGGUCUAUUCUCAGCAUAUUUCCGGUUGUUUUUAGUUGUUAAAUUUUUUUGUUUUAAUUUUUAGAAACAUUUUUUGUCCUUCAUUGUAGCUUGUUGGCAGUUCUGAUAUGUCUGCGUUGUGCGAUGCGAGUUGCGGAGGUGAGCUGAGGGAAACGCGAGGUUGCGGUUGGUUUUGCAGGGCUGUGCAGGAUCAGACAGGAUGGCCUGGCUUGGCUCGGCUCGGCCUGGCUUGGCUCGGCUCGGCCCGGCUCGGCCCGGCUCGGCUCGGCUCGGCCCGGCUCGGCUCGGCUCGGCUCGGCUCGGCUCUGUUUGGCCCCCCUCGUCACAGCACCCCGCUUUCUCACUCUGUUGGGUUGAGUUCUGUGACCGUUCUUCAGUUCAUCAGUUGACAGUACAGCCCGCUGUAUCAGAUCACCGAUUUUUGUAGACGAUUGAAUAAUUGCCGUGCUUUUUAAAAAAAAUUUUUUUUUUUUAAUAUGACCGCGUGCGUGUUAUCCCCCUGACACCGUGCGGACGGUGUGCGGUGGCAGAGGUGAGGUGAGGAUGUGAGAAGCUUCAGGAUGACGGACAAAAGUUCUGCGACUUGUUCGUUCUUUUUUUUUUUUUUUUUUAAGGAGGCAGUGUGCGGGGAUCGUUGCGACUGUAGCCUGUGGAUGUGUGUAUGGGAGUUUGCCAAUGUCUGUGUCUAGUGAGUGAGUGUGUGUCUGUGUGUGUGUGUGUGUGUGUGCACAAGCACAUAUGCAUGUGUGUCUGUUGCGUGAGUCUGAAUCUAUAUUAGUUGAUAGGAGUAUAUUUGAGAGUCAUUGGUGCAUGAAUAAUUUUUCAGUUAAUAAAUGUGCGUGUGUGUGUUCGCGUUCACAUGUUCGCGCACGUGUGUCUGGUGUGGUUCUGUGGCGGGUAUGUGUGUGUGUGUGUGUGUGUGUAGGUGUGUGUGUGUGUGUUAGCGUUCACGUGUCCGUGCACGCGCGUCUGGUGUGUUUCUGCCUCGGGGACGUGUGUGUGUAUGUAGGUGUGUGUGUGUUCACGUGUCCGCGCACGCGUGUCUGGUGUGUUUCUGCCUCGGGGACGUGUGUGUGUAUGUAGGUGUGUGUGUGUGUGUGUUCACGUGUCCGCGCACGCGUGUCUGGUGUGGUUCUGUGGUGGGCGUGUGUUUAUCUGCUAGUUGAUCAUUAUGCUAGUCCGUCGUUCCGCGCACCGCGCGUCGUGUUCGGAGAGGAGGAAUCACAGCACUGAGCCUUUUUUCGGCCUAAUUAAGAUGCAAACGCUUUUGCCUGUACCUGCGAAAAAAUGUACAUAGAAGGGUAUUUCAUUUAGGGAUUUGAUGAACUGUUAAAUGUACACAUUAUUUUGGUUUUAGCUUUUUUAUUUUUUUAUUUUUUCCCCCCCGUGAGUGACCUUCAUGAGGUUAUGAGGUUUCUGAAUGAUUCGUUGUUUGAGGCCAGAAGAGGCUCAACUGAGUGGCCAAUAAUUGACGUUCUUCUGCGUGCGUUUCCGAUCUUUCACCUCCUGGCCCGAGAGACUUCACUGCGCUGUCUACAAACAGCCUGUCCUAAGUUCUGCAAUAUUGACUGCUUUAUUGGGAAAGAAGUGAUUUGUGUGACAGUUCCAGAAAAAAAAAGAAAGAUUUGAUAACCUAGCCGCUAAAUUCUGGUCUUUUAAUGUAAAUCCAUAUUUUGGUGUACCACAGUCUGAAUUUCUAGAUUUAGAAUUUUGGUAGAUUUUCUAAAUCUAAUUAGCGUUAAUUUGUUUUAUUUACCAGUUAGUGUAGGCUGGAGGCCGAAACCAUAAAAAAAGACAAUUUUUUGUUUUAAAAAAAAAAAAAAACAAGAAAACAAAGAUAUUUAUUUGUAUCUUUUUUAAUGUUGAAUAAAUACAGCCACCAGAUAAGCAACAGCAAUGGACCAAUGGGAGGUCCCUUUCUGUGAACUAAUCUCACCUGUAGCAUGUUUAUAGACUGGCAAAGAUGGGACUUUUAUAAAUAACAAGGAAAAAAAAAAUAAAGACUUGCUGAAUGAUU